AUGCAAGAUAAUUUGAAAAAUUUUUUAAUUAGUAGUUCAACACGAAUUGUUGUAUUAUGGGCUGGAUCAGUUUAUACAACUUUAAUUAUACAAAAUGCACUUGAUUCUGAUGUUCUUGGUCCACAUUUCACAUGGAUAUUAAGUUCAAGUCUCCCAUUAAACUCUUUUCAUGAAACAUAUCAUCAAAAAUUAAUUGGAAUGCUAACUGUUGAACCUAUACCAGGAAAUAUUGUUGAUGCACCAAUUAAUACAACAUUAUUAAAUGCAGCCUAUACUAUUUGGAAACAAUAUGAACCUGAAACAUUUCCGAAUUCAGGAAAAGUAAAUUAUUUUGCAUUAUUUGCAUUUGAUGCAACUUGGUUAUUGAUUCAAUCAUUAAAAGAAUUGUGUUCAAAAACUACUAAUAGUUCUUCAUCAUGUAUAUCAUUUAGCAAUUCUUCAUUCUGUUUUGACCGUCAUUUUCUUAAUUCCGAGUUAUUUUUUAAUACAAUUAAUAAUAUGAUACUACUUGGUGUGUCUGGUCCGAUUCAAUUUAAUAUUAAUGUAACAGAUCGAAUAGAUGGUAGUUUUUACUAUGCACAAAACUCUCGAAAUUCUUCAAAUAGACUAAAUUUUGUACCAGUAUUGAAAUAUUCUAAUCGUGAUGGUUGGCAAGAAUAUUCAGAAGGAAAUGUAAUUAUCUGGUCAGGUAAUUCGUUAAUACCUCCUACUGGGGGUGCAAAACUUGAAGGUGUUAAAUUACGAAUUGGUGUUAUUCAAUCAGUUCCAUUUACAAUGAUCAGUACUGUAACAAAUGAAUUUGGACAGAAGACAACAAAGUUAAUUGGUUAUAUACCUGAUCUUAUUGAUCUUUUACAAAAUAAGAUGAAAUUUAUUCCAAAUAUUGAAUUAAUACCAUCGAAUAGAACUUAUGCUUCAUUAGGACAGCUAGUAGAAGAUCGUGUUUAUGACAUAAUAAUAGGUGAUGUGACAGUUACUGCUGUAAGAAGAGAAAAGAUUGGUUUUUCAAAUUCAAUAUUUGAUAAUUCUUUACGUAUUAUUAUGCGAAAAACUCCCGACGUUGAUUUGGAUGUCUUUGCAUUUAUGAAACCAUUCUCAUGGAGGCUGUGGUUAUUGAUCUUGGGUAUUACUGUUUUGGCUAGCAUUUUAAUCUGUCUAUUAGAGAGAGAAACAAAUCCGAUACUAGAAGAAGAAAGAACAAUAACUGGUUUAUAUGCAAUGAGUGUUUGGUAUACGUUUGGUAAUCUUGUAGGAUAUGGUGCAGGUUCUCUUCAUCCUAAAACACCUGCUGGACGUUUAUUAACUGCUGGUUUAUAUAUCUUAUGUUUAGUAUUAGUUGCAUCAUACACUGCAAAUUUAGCAUCUGAUCUAACAGUAUCAAGAUCAAAAGAUCUUAUUUCUGGAAUUGAUGAUAUUAAAAGUGGAAAAAUACCAUUUCAUCGUAUUGGUAUUCGUGUAGGUACAGCUAUGGAAGAAUAUUAUUUAAGAGAAAUUUCUGGUGGUAAUCGAAAUUAUUAUCCAUUUCAAUCUCUCGAAGAAGUGUAUGAUGGUUUAUUAAAUAAUAAAAUCGAUGCAUCUUUUCAUGAUGCGGGUGCUGCAGAAUAUAUAACUAAUAAUAUAUAUUGUAAUUUAACACUGAUUGGUGAAGGUUUUGAAAAAGGUGUAUUUGGUAUUAUAACACCUAAAAAAUGGUUAUAUGGACAAGACUUAGAUGUCAAUAUAUUAUCAUUACGAGAAACAGGUAAUCUUCAUAAUUUAAGAAGAAAAUGGUUUCAACUAAAGAAAUGUUCUGGUUCAACAUCAACAUCUACUGCAAUUGAAAUUGAAUCAUUGAUUGGAUUAUUUUCAAUAUUUGGAAUAAUUUGUGUUCUAUCAUUAUUAUUAUUUGCAUGGAAGAAAUUAAAAAGCUUCAGGAAUACUCCCCAAGAAUUCUCAAACGACGAAAUACCAUUGCCUACACUCUCGCAUCAUUAA